AUGGCUGAAGAAAAUAUCGACCCAAAGCAUUUUGUUCUGGUGCAUGGUGUUUGCCAUGGCGCCUGGUGUUGGUAUAAGCUUAAACCACUAUUGGAGUCUUCUGGCCACGAGGUCACAGCUAUCAACCUUGCAGCUUCUGGCAUCAACACAAAUAAAAUUGAAGACGUUCAUACGUUUUCUGAGUAUUCUAAGCCUUUGUUGGAUUUCUUGACUUCGCUUGCUCCAAAUGAAAAGGUGGUUCUUGUGGGACAUAGUUUUGGAGGGUUGAGUAUAGCACUUGCUAUGGACAAUUUUCCAGAAAAAAUACAAAUGGGAGUUUUUUUAACAGCUCAUAUGCCUGAUACCCAACACAAACCAUCAUAUGUAUCAGAACAGUUCAUUGAGAGAUACCCAGUUAAGGAAUGGUUAGACUGUGAGCUCUCAUCCCGUGGAAGCAAAACGUCAUUGCUUUUUGGUCAUAAGUUCUUGUCCACUAAGCUCUAUCAACUCUGCUCCACCGAGGAUUUGGAAUUGGCCAAGACUUUAAUAAUGCCAGGGUUACUUUUUUCUGAAGAGUUGUAUAAGGCAAAGAAUUUCUCUAAAGAGGGAUAUGGGUCUGUUCCACGUGCUUUUAUUGUUUGCAAUGAGGACUUAGUAUAUCCAUUGGAGUUUCAGCAAUGGAUGAUCCAAAAUGCUGGGAUUGAUGUGGUGCGAGAGAUCAAAGAAGCAGAUCAUAUGGCUAUGCUUUCCAAACCCCAAGAACUGUGUUCAUCUCUCCUCGAAUUAGCUAAUAAAAGCGUAGAGCAUGAAAAUCCAAUAUCUGGGACUACGAUUUGCGAGAUCAAAAUUGGCAUUCAAUCCGAAGAAGGAAUGAAAUUAGAGGACGAAUCUGAAGACGAAGAGGAGAACCUUAACAUUACUAACUUUGAAGUUUAUGAUUAUAAUCCUGUUUAUGAUGAUUAUCCAAUCUAUGAUGAUAAUUCAAUUUAUGAUGAUUAUCCAAUUUACGGUAAUUAUCUAACAUACGCUGAAAAUUCAGUUUAUAAAGAUCAUCCAGUCUAUGAUGAUCAUUCUGAUCGAGAAUCAGAUGAUGAGGAUCUAAUAAAGGAAGAAUUAUCAUUUGAGUUUGGGUACAUUACAUACAUGAACAAGGUAUGUUAUUGUGUAGCAGAGGCUCAUGUUCUGUCUCUGUUGCAAAAAUGCAGCACCCUAACCUCACUGCGAGAGGCGCGUCAACUCCACGCCCUCAUAUUAACUACUACCACCUCCUUCGGCUCCCAUUCUCCCUUUGUGUACAACAACAUCCUCUCCAUGUAUGCACGUUGUGGUUCACUCAGGGACUCCCACCUUGUGUUUGACAAAAUGCCUCAUAGAACUCUUGUUUCUUACAAUGCGCUCCUUGCAGCCUAUUCUCGAGUAUCACACCAUGCCAUUUCAGCCCUAAAACUGUAUACCCAGAUGGAAGCUAGAGGUCUUAUGCCCUCCAGCAUGACUUUUACUAGCUUACUGCAAGCAUCUUCCUUGCUUGAAGAUUGGUGGAUUGGAUCUUCACUUCACGCCAAGGGCUUGAAGUUGGAUUGUUUGAAUGAUGUUUGUGUCCAAACUUCUUUGCUUAAUAUGUAUUCUAAUUGCAGGGAUUUGAGUUCUGCUGAAUUGGUUUUUCGGGAUAUGCCUGAUAGAGAUGAUGUUGCUUGGAAUUCUUUGAUUGUAGGAUAUCUGAAGAAUAAUGAGAUCAAGGAAGGUGUUGGUCUCUUUAUUGCAAUGGUGAGGUUUGGUUUUACCCCAACCCAAUUCACGUAUUGUAUGGUUUUGAAUGCUUGUAGUCGUCUGAAAGAUCAUCAUUCUGGGAGAUUGAUUCAUGCUCAUGUAAUUGUUAGGAAUGUGUCACCCGAUUUGCAUCUGCAAAAUGCUCUGCUUGACAUGUACUGCAAUGUUGGCAAUACACAAACAGCAUAUAGGAUUUUUAGUGGAAUGGAAAACCCGGAUUUAGUUUCUUGGAACUCGAUGAUUGCUGGGUAUUCUGAGAAUGAGGAUGGAGAGAAGGCCAUGAAUUUGUUUGUCCAGCUACAGGAAUUGUGUUUUCCUAAACCAGAUGACUAUACUUAUGCUGGCACUAUAUCUGCAACGGGUGCAUUCCCAUCUUCCAGUUAUGGAAAACCUCUUCAUGCGCAGGUAACUAAAGCGGGAUUUGAGAGAAGUGUGUUUGUAGGAAGUACUCUAGUGUCUAUGUAUUUCAAAAAUCAUGAAACUCAAGCCGCUCAGAGAGUAUUUGAUUCAAUCUCAGCAAAGGAUGUUAUUCUCUGGACUGAAAUGAUCACUGGUUAUUGUAAAAUGACUGAUGGAAUGAAUGCAAUUAGAUGCUUUUAUGAAAUGUUUCAUGAAGCCCAUGAGGUCGAUGACUAUGUUCUCAGUGGAGUUUUGGGUGCAUGUGCUGACCUUGCAAUUCUAAGACAAGGUGAAAUAAUUCAUUGUUACGCUGUUAAAUUGGGUUAUGAUGUUGAAAUGUCUGUUUCUGGGAGUCUAAUUGAUAUGUAUGCCAAAAACGGUAGCCUCGAAGCUGCAUAUUUGGUAUUUUCUCAAGUUUCAGACCCAGAUUUGAAGUGCUGGAACUCAAUGCUUGGAGGAUAUAGUCACCACGGAAUGGUGGAGGAGGCAUUGAAACUUUUCGAGGAGAUUCUUGAACAAGGUCUGGUUCCAGAUCAAGUGACAUUCUUGUCUCUAUUGUCUACUUGCAGCCACAAUAGGUUGGUUGAGCAAGGAAAAUUCCUCUGGAAUUAUAUGAACUUAAUUGGUUUGGUUCCUGGACCUAAGCACUACUCUUGCAUGGUAACUUUGUUGAGUCGGGCAGCAUUACUGGAAGAGGCAGAAGAAAUUAUCAAGAAAUCUCCUUAUAUUGAGGAUAAUUUAGAACUGUGGAGAACUUUGCUAAGUGCCUGUGUCAUAAAUAAAAAUUUGAAUGUGGGAGUUCAUGCAGCAGAGGAAGUUUUGAGAUUGGAUGCAAAAGAUGGUCCAACGCUUGUUUUGCUUUCUAAUCUAUACGCUGCUUCAGGGAAAUGGGAUAAAGUUGCAGAAAUAAGAAGAAAUAUGAGGGGAUUGAUGCUGGAGAAAGAUCCAGGGUUAAGUUGGAUUGAGGCCAAGAACAACAUUCAUGUGUUCUCUUCCGGAGAUCAAUCACACCGUAAGGCUGAUGAGGUGCUGGCUGAACUGCAGAGGCUAAAAAGAAAUAUGAUUAGAACAGAAAACGAUAGCAGUGAGGCACAAAUACAGGCUGCAUAAGGCUAAGCUUAUGCUCUAGAGGUGGAAUUUAAUUCAAAGACAAGUGAAAUAUAUAGAGAAACU